AUGGGGGCUCCCUUAGCCCCUGCCACCCCAGCCACUCGUCCCUGUGUCCCGCAGGUUUUGCCAGGUGGAUUCUGUGCCGCCCUGGACCGGUUGCUGCCCGUCGGCCCCUGGAGACCCAUCAGCACCUUCUUCAAGGCCUCGGACCUGCGGGUGGACUUGACCAAUGAGCCGAAGACCAAGCCGGAAGUGGGGCAGCUGCAGUUCGGGAAGCAUUUCACCGACCACAUGCUGACGGUGGAGUGGGACCGGGAGCGGGGCUGGGGCCAGCCCCACAUCAAACCCUUCCAGAGCCUGAGCCUGCACCCGGCCUCCUCCGCCCUGCACUACGCUGUGGCGCUCUUCGAGGGGAUGAAGGCUUUCCGGGGCCCGGAUCAGCGUGUCCGUCUCUUCCGCCCCCUGAUGAACAUGGAGCGUAUGUCCCGCUCGGCCGCCCGGGCCAGCCUGCCGCCCUUCGACCAGCUGCAGCUCCUGGAGUGCAUCCGUCAGCUCGUGGCCCUCGACCAGGACUGGGUGCCGCACUCGGACAGCGCCAGCCUCUACAUCCGGCCAACCUUCAUCGGCACCGAGCCGUCCCUGGGGGUGUCCCGUCCCGGCCACGCCCUCCUCUUCGUCAUCCUCUCGCCGGUGGGGGCCUACUUCGCCUCCGGCCCCAUGGGCGCCGUGGGGCUGCUGGCCGAGCCGCGCUAUGUCCGCGCCUGGUUGGGGGGCGUCGGUGACUACAAGAUGGCAGGGAACUACGCCCCCACCAUCCUGGUGCAGGAUGAGGCGGUGCGGGCCGGGUGCCAGCAGGCCCUAUGGCUCUACGGAGACGAUCACCAGAUCACCGAGGUCGGCACCAUGAACAUCUUCCUCUUCUGGACAGACCCGCAGGGCGACCUAGAGCUGGUGACCCCCCCGUUGAACGGCAUCAUUCUGCCCGGGGUGACCCGGCGGAGCCUGCUGGACUUGGGGCGCAAGUGGGAGCCGGCGGCACGAAAGGACCGGGUCCCUGGGGGUCGCUGA